GGAGGUGGCGGCCAUGACGGGCCGCGCCGAGCGCGGGAGCGGCCCCGACGCGCCCCCCGCCCGGCCGGGGCUCGGAGCCUCCCCGUGAGGGCGACCGAGCGCCCUCCCUCCUCCGGCGCCUCGCCUCAGGCCGGCCGGGGCGAGGAGGAGGAGGGGCCGGGUGGACAUGGCCAGCCGCGACAAGUGGAAGCGCCUGUGGCCGCUGCAGCCGGACACGCUGCGUCUGAGUGAGCCACCAAUGAUCAACCUGAAUGUGCACAAAGAUGCACAGCUUGUGAAAAAAACUGUAGAAGGCAAAAGGCCUCGAUUUGAUGCAUCCUUGGUGCUUUUGACACGAAGAUUUAUGGCUCUUCUCAAAAAAGCUCCAGACGGUGUUCUUGAUUUAAAUGAAGUAGCAACAACACUUGGAGUACGAAAACGAAGAGUGUAUGAUAUCACCAAUGUGUUGGAUGGAAUCCACUUAAUUCAGAAGAGAUCUAAGAAUCUUAUCCAGUGGAUAGGUUCUAAUCUUGACCAAGUUGUUGGAAAAGCACCAGAGCAGCAAAACCUUAAAGAGGAACUUUCUGACUUGUCGGCCAUGGAAGAAGCUCUGGAUGAAUUAAUCAAGAAUUGUGCUCAUCAGAUAUUUGAACUAACAGAUGACAAAGAAAAUGCAAAACUAGCUUAUGUUACAUACCAAGAUAUCCGAAGCAUUCAGACAUUUCAAGAACAGAUUGUGAUUGCAAUCAAAGCUCCAGAGGAAACCAAAUUGGAAAUACCAGUUCCUAGAGAUGAUCACAUACAAAUGCAUGUGAAGAGCACAAAAGGACCCAUUGACGUGUAUUUAUGUGAGGUGGAAAAAGAGAAGCCAGGUGCCAAAACUUGUGAAGAUGUGGAUACUGUCACUUCUGAAACGGAACCAUCAAUUCCUCCUGACGAAAAACUUUUCCAAAGCUGCUUGGAUCUGCAAACUUCAGAACCUGAAACGUUACAAAGUGUUUUAAAAAAACAGCAGUGGAUUGACGGAGUGCUUUCAUGGGAUUACCGAUCUUCCGAAGUCGAAAGACAACAGUUCCUGGAGUCGCUCUUAGGAGCCUUGUUUUCAUAAUUGCAUGUGAUCUACAGACCUUUGGGAAAAGGGUAUUUUACCUUCUAAAAUAAUUUUAAUUGACAAAAAACAUAGGUAAUCAAUUACUUCUAAAAAUGAAGGCUGGAAAACUAUUCCUGGAACAGUCCACAGUCUGUGUGAGAUUGUAUAAAAUGAAGAAAUGCACUUUCGGUUCUGCACUACUAAGCAGGAUUGUCAAUUACAAGUUUAGCAAAGAAGUGGUGUAGAGGAAGUCUUUUGCUAUAAGGAGCAAGAUGUAAAUAUCCUGAGAGUUAUGCCUUACACUGUGUAGGUGCUGUUUGCAUUGUUUGCAUCCAGCUCUGCAUGAACUAUGGUAUCAACACUGAAGUUAAAUAAUUGUGUUUGUGUACAUACCUGUAUCAUGUCUAGGUAGUUACUGAUGUAGAUUUAUUGAGAUAGUUUGCAUUUCUGCCUUUGUACAGCAAAGAAAUAAAAUAAGCUUACAAAAAUAUGAAAUAGUCUAAUAAAACACAUUGGGUUGCCUUUGUUGGAA